UCCACAUGGUCGUCGGACGCCGUGCGGUGCGGUUGUGUAGCGUCGCGACGUGUUACUACAAUUUCGGCGACGCGUCGAGAUUUAUUCUCGCACACGUUGACCGAACCGGAGUUACAUUUUAUCCUUUGAACUUUUUGAGUGAUGUAAUAAACGAACGAUGCCCGAUUUAAGGAAAUAAAACAACGAGCAGAAUGAAGCUAAUUAUGAAAAUGUCGAGCUGCGUUUUCCUGGUGGUUUUCAUCCACGUCCUUCUCCUCAGUCAAGAUACCAAAGCAGUAAGCUGGGAGGAAUGGUGGACAUACGACGGCAUAUCCGGUCCGGCAUUCUGGGGCCUCAUAAAUCCCGAGUGGUCAUUGUGCAACAAGGGCCGAAGACAGUCCCCGGUUAAUCUAGAACCGAGUAAGCUGCUCUUUGACCCCAAUCUUCGACCCCUCCACAUCGAUAAACACAGGAUAAGUGGUUCGAUGAUGAACACCGGUCACAGCAUAAUAUUCAAUGUGGACAACGACACACGUCACCACAUCAACAUCACCGGAGGCCCGUUGUCAUACAAAUAUCAGUUCCAGGAGAUCCACAUCCACUAUGGUUUGCACGAUCAAUUCGGCAGCGAACAUUCCAUCAACGGAUACACGUUCCCGGCCGAGAUACAGAUUUUCGGCUUCAACUCGCAACUGUACACCAACUUCUCGGAAGCGUUGCACAAAGCCCAGGGGAUCGUCGUUACGUCGCUGCUCUUGCAGCUGGGAGAUUUAUCAAAUCCGGAACUGCGGAUAUUAACGGAUCAAUUGGACAAAAUACGUUACGGAGGGGAUGAAGUGGAAGUGAAGAGGUUAUCGGUCAGGGGGCUGCUUCCCGAAACGGAUUAUUAUAUGACCUACGACGGCUCAACCACCAUGCCCGCCUGUCAUGAAACUGUCACUUGGAUGAUCCUCAACAAACCCAUCUACAUCACCAAACAACAGAUGCACAGCCUGAGGAGGCUAAUGCAGGGAGAUGCCAAACAUCCCAAAGCGCCAUUGGGAAACAAUUUUAGACCGCCGCAGCCGCUUCAUCACCGACCAGUGAGGACAAAUAUUGACUUCAAUGUUAAGCAGCGUGCUGAUGCUGGCAAGCAGUGUCCAAGCAUGUACAAGGACGUCUACUACAAGGCGAACAGUUGGAAACAGCAUUGAAGUUGGUGAUUGAGUGUGCAGUGUGAGAUCGAACAUUUCCAAAAAAAAAGUGUACAAAACUUUAAUUGCAUAUCGUUGAUAUAUCAAAGUAAUGGUGCGACCAAAACUGUUCUAGUGAAAAUUUUUAAAGGGAAAUAUAAAAAUUAAAACAUAUCAUCGUAUUUUGCAAAUAAAUAUACAUAUGAUGUAUGACUGAAUUAUAAAUAAUGUGUAUAUUAAUAAUGGGAGUCGAUGGGGGAGAAAUGAUAGUGAACUGGAUAAAAUUGUGAAUCUGUCUCAUCCAACUUUUUUUCCAUAAUCAUUAUAUUUAAGAAAAAUAUAAAAUAGUUGAAUCAUAAGUAUAGUGGAUUCUAUGUACGUAAUAAAAGUGUAAAUAAAAACCAGAUCAUUAUUAAUUUUUCUCACUCUGACAGCUAAAAUAGAGAUGCUUUAAUUUAGAAUAGUGAAACUCUAGAUAGAGUCAUGUUUCUUUUUGUUAAACGAUUAAAUGAAAUGGUUUCGUUUAAGGCCUAAAUGACGCUAAUUUUCAUAAACUGAUUCCUGUUAGAAUAUUUUAGUAUAACCUAUGUAACUUAGCAUAGCGUUUUUAUAUAUGAUUUAUGUAACCGUUAAAACGAUAUGGAAAACGAUGCUUAAAAUUUGUAAUUUAUUUUUGUUCAAUGGUUUUUCAAUAAAAAAUUUUAUUCUA